CUUGCAUUUUCUCUGUUUUGCGGUAUCGCACCGUACCGCAGACCCCCCCGCGCGAAAUCCAUUGGAUGGCCCGAAGAUCGUACCGUAUCUUGAAAGCAUCUCUGCAAACAACCGGUACUGUUAUUACUGUGUACUGUAACCGUUUACAUCAGGUUCGAAGUAUGAUGAUGUAGUAAUACUAAGCGAGCUGUUAGGGGCCCAACCGAUCCCUGCACACAUCAUACUACACGGCACUGAUUUAUUCAACCAUUCAACGCCUUAUUCCAAACCUAAAAUGAGAAGAUUAUUAUCGUGUCUCUUCUUGAGACGCUCCAUUCUCGCGUGGCUCAUCAUCUUUUACUCGGCGAACGAAAGAUGUUACUCGUUUCAAUACCCAGCACGGCAAAACUUGCGCCAUCAACAUCAACACUCGAAUCCACACCAAACCCGUCAUCUCCGAGCCGUCAGUCCCAUGAAAUCACCUGGGGAUUUAUUGCCGAGCGAUACCACCGUUUUUGAGAGGCGAAUCUUUUUAUCCAAUAUCAUAUCCGGUGCUGCCAGCGGUGUCGGAGCCGGAGCGAUGUCGUCCCUACUACUGACAGGACGAGCCCCUGUGGCAUCGGCGGCAACCACGGACGUUAUCGCUCCGGGAACCAUCAAGGUAACGCCCAUUGCCCAUACCUUCAUCACAUCCAGCAGUAUGCCAAAGCCGAUUCGGGAAAACGAUGCCACCCGUUUGUUUACCAACGCCCGUGUGGUAUAUAUCUUCGAGGGCGAGAACCAGGAAUCGAGCGGGAGCCUGUUGCAGGACGUGGUGGAUCUCACGAAAACUCGGAAGGCGGAGCGAGGAGCGGGUGUCACGCCGGGGGAGGUUCAGUUACUGUUGUUGCAAUCAAAAGGCAAGCCGGUCGGCUCCGAACUGGCAAACCAAGUCGCCGGGAAGGCCAGAGCCAUGCCCGAUGGAGACGUCCUGUUGGUAGGACCGAUUUCUUCCGGGGGAACGGCCGCGGACGGAAAAAUUCUCGCCGAUACGGCUGCCGCUCUUGACACCUUUGUAGGCUGCAGAAGAGAAAAGGGCGUUGUUUCGGUCCUCCUGAACGGACCAAAAGAAAAUCUCAAACUCGUCGAAUCCGGCUUUCCAGCGAGUGAUUUGCUAUGGUACGGUCUUCCUUCGAAAAACUAAAUAGUUUGAAGUAAGAAACAUGUGAAUGAAAUAGGACAAUGGAAUCAUGCAACACCAGUUUGAUUGAGGCUUGUUAUUUUCCCAUUAAAUGCCGUUGAGCAGUCACAGAUGAAGUUCCUUACCAACUAGUAGCAGUAAUAACUAAUUAUAAUAAUA